GUGAUGCUACUCUCUUCAUUCACUCCCCUCGCGCGGAGAAACUCAGCAGCACGAGACGCGGAGCUCAUGCGCGCGGUUUGAUCACAGUUUGGAGUUGGACCUGUUGCUGACCUGUUGCAGGAUUUUUUUUUUUUUUUUUGCAUGCAUGCAAGCUGAGUACAGGGACGGGGCUGUUUAGAUGUUCGUCCAGCUCGAGUGUCAUGUAGCUGAGAUAAAGUUUUUUCUUUUUUCGAAGUCGUUGUUAAGGUAUAGAAAUAUAAACAAGGCACGUGCAUGUAAACUGUGAUAGUUUGACAGACAGCAUGGCGGACACGCACCGCACCGUUCACCGGAUUCCCGUCAUCCCGGAGCCCUGAGAGCGGACAGGAGCGGGAUAAGAGUCCGGGGGAAUCUCUGCCGGGAAGCGGGAAGCGCGGAGCCGCGAUGGUGCUCACGCGGUGCGCGUUCAUGCGCGCGUGCCUCGCGCUACUCCUGCAGGCCAGCCAGUGGAGCGCGAGGGAGAGCUCGAGCUGCGACCUCAACAGGAAGCAAAGUGAGCUCAAUUCCUUCCUCUGGACGAUUAAGCGUGACCCACCGUCGUAUUUCUACGGCACCAUUCACGUGCCCUACACACGGGUUUGGGACUAUAUCCCUGAGAACUCGAAAAAAGCAUUCCAGGAGAGCAAUAUUGUGUACUUUGAACUGGACCUCACUGACCCGUACACUAUUUCAGCACUGACUCGGUGCCAGCUGCUACCGCAGGGUGAGAACCUGCAGGACGUUCUGCCGAGAGACAUCUACCGCCGCUUGAAGAGGCACCUGGAGUACGUCAAGCUCAUGAUGCCAUCGUGGAUGACUCCGGAUCAGAGAGGAAAGGGUCUGUAUGCCGAUUACCUGUUUAAUGCCAUUGCAGGUAACUGGGAGCGCAAACGGCCUGUGUGGGUCAUGCUCAUGGUGAACUCGCUGACCGAGGCGGACAUUAAGACCCGUGGCGUUCCCGUGCUUGACCUCUACCUGGCUCAGGAGGCAGAGAGGAUGAAGAAGAAGACGGGAGCGGUGGAGAAGGUUGAGGAGCAGUGUCAUCCUCUCAACGGGUUGAACUUCUCCCAGGUGAUCUUUGCCCUGAAUCAGACGCUGCUUCAGCAGGAAAGUCUCCGGGCCGGAAGUCUGCAGGUCCCCUAUACCACCGAGGAUCUCAUUAAGCACUACAACUGCGGCGAUCUUAACUCCAUCAUAUUCAACCAUGACACUUCACAGGUGCCCAACUUCAACAACGUCACACUUCCUCCUAGUGAGCAGAUCACGGCUCAGGAGAUCGACAGCUACUUCCGUCAGGAGCUCAUCUACAAGCGCAAUGAGAGGAUGGGGAAGAGGGUCAAAGCCCUGCUUGAGGAGCAUCCUGAUAAGAGCUUUUUCUUCGCCUUCGGAGCAGGUCACUUCCUGGGCAACAACACAGUGAUCGAUGUUCUGAGAAGCCAAGGCUACGAGGUGGAGCACACGCCAGCUGGCCAGCCCAUUAACAGUGGCAAGAGAUCCAGCCAUCCUUCAGAUGGAGAGGAUGACAACGCAUCAGAUGUGGAGUCACCGGUUGAAGCCUUCUUUCAUGAAGACCGACUUUGGCGCCCCAUGGAGGAAGAGGAGGAUCCCCCACCCCAUUUGCUACUCCCAGACAGCUUGGAGCUUCUUGAGAAGGUAGAGCGCAAGCUGAAGAAGAAACGGCGCAACAGGCUAAAGAAGCAACGCCACCGGCAGUUCAAUGACCUCUGGGUCCGCAUGGAGGAAAGCACGACGUUGGAACCGCCUCAAGCGGUCGUCCGCAUCAUAAACGGCUACAUCACGGUCCAGGCCGACUCACAAGCUCAUGGGAGGUCCAAUCACGACAGGACGUUCUCAGGCUCCGCCCACACAACGGGAGGGGCUUCCUUCACCAUGCUGAUAUUGUGCCUUCAGGUGCUGGUGAUUCUUGGCUUAAGCCUUUAAAGCGUCGGUGUGUGACCUCGAGCUUGACCUCGUGACGUCCAGCGGCGCUUCAGAAAGACUUCAUGGGGAGAGACCGACAAGAAAGACUGCUGUAGAUUCUCCUUUAAAUUGUUCUUCAUUUUCUGAAGGAUGACUGAUUCACCUGCAAUCGAGUGCAGACUCUGUAAAUACCAAAUGUAUCAUAGAUGUAAUUUAGAGACAUGAAUAAAAAUGGAUGCUUUUUUUUUUUGUUCAUUUUUAUAUAUAAAGAAGAUUCACUAUAUUUUUGUGACUAAAUGAGAUACUAACAAACUUAUUAUUAUUUUUUAAAUCUCAGAUAUCCCUUAUUCGGGGAAAGCGAUGCUUCACUAUUAUUUACAUCUUCUAAUGUGUUUGCUUUGUUUUUUUUAUUACAAUGAGUUUAUUUGUUUAAUUUAUUAAAUAUAUAGCUUUAGUUAAAUCUUAUUAUUAUUAUUAUUAUUAUUAUUAUUAUGUCUUCUGACAGCUCUUUUCGGUUCAGACUGGCUCUUUUUUUUCCCCCCGUGAUUUUCCAUAUCACUGUCACACACUAGUACACAUUCCAGUAACAUACAGUACGUGGCACCGAGUUAUGAUUUAUGCGAUUGAAAUGCAAUAAACUAUUUAUCUAGUUGAAGUCUCAUGUGUGAA